UCCGUCGCCUCUCUCGCCCGCUGCCACCUGCGUCUCCUCCACGCCCGCCUUUCGCCUCGCAGCCUGCCGCACCGCGCAAGCAGCUCGGCGUGCUUCUCUCCUCUCUGCAGCCUCUCAGCCCUUGCAAGAUGCCCUCGCAACGAUCGCGGCGCUCGCCGUCAUGGCGCAAGGCGCUCGUGCUCGGCGUCUCGUCGCUGGCCGCCCGCGCCGCAGCGCAGGUGUCGAUCAGCGGCAUCCCGUACAAGCAGACGGGCGCCCAGAGCCUCUCGCCGACGCUCUCGCCCUCGUACGGCGGCAUGGGCAUUGAGCCGUCGAACCUGCUGUCCUUCACCGGCACGGACACGCGCAACGACCUCACGUACCAGCUGCUGCAGAACCUGGGCAACUACACGGGCAGGCCGCCGCACAUCCGCCUCGGCGGCAACGCCGGCGACAACAUGCUCUGGGACCCGACCGUGAGCACGUACACGCUGCAGAAGAACCCGAACCCGCAGGGCACGGGCCGCGUCGACGCGCAGACCGACGGCUACUUCUACGGGCCCAAGUACUUUGAGGCGCUCGACAACUACCUGCCGCUCGGCACGCCCAUCACGUACCAGCUCAACCUGGCGUACCAGGGCUCCGACUCGAUGGCGCGCAUGAUCCAGCAGGCCGAGCUGGUGCUCGACUCGGUGAAGCGCGUCAAGAUUGUCGGCAUGGAGAUCGGCAACGAGCCGGAUCUCUUCAUCUACAACCAGUACCGCAACAGCUCGUACACCGUCUACGACUACGGAGGCGAGUGGGGCGAGCACGCGCAGGCCCUCUACCGGCAGGUGCUGCAGCCGCGCAACAUCUCGCAGAACUUCUUCGAGCCGGCCGCGACGGCGACGACGGCGACGAACACGGGCCACCAGUACCGCAUCGACACGCUCGUCAACACCAACAUUGCCGUGGAGAACGGCGUGUACGUGGCGGGCUGGAGCCAGCACGACUACUUCUACUACGUCGGCGUGUCGAGCUUCAACCUGACGACGAGCUACCUGCUCGACCUCUCGCGCACCGUGCGCCAGUUCAACGAGUGGAGCAACCAGGCGCAGCAGGCGCUCAUCACCGGCAAGCCGUACUUCCUGCGCGAGAUGGGCAGUGUGGGCCCCGGUGGCAUCCAGGGCAUCAGUGACACGUUUGCCAACGCGCUCUGGACGCUCAACUUCUUCCUGUUCGCCUCGACGCAGCAGGUCUCGUCGGUGCAGAUCCACCUGACGGACAUCUCCUACGGCUCGCCGUGGCAGCCGAUCGUGCACCCGAUCGACGGCUCGCCGCCGCACGUGCGCCCGUCGUACUACGCCUUUGCCGCCGUGUUCCAGCUCGUCGGCACGACGUGCUCGACGCGCGUGGCGCCGCUGUCCAUCUCGCCGCCGUCGGGCUACGAGAACCGCCUGGGCGGCUACAGCAUCUAUCAGCGCACCAACCUCAACGCCAUCGUGCUGCUCAACACGCUGCCCUCGUCCGAGACGAUCACCGACAAGGGCACCAUCUCCUUUGCCAUCACCGUGCCGGAGUGGAAGGGCCAGACGGUGUACGUCUCGACGCUCACGGCUGCCGGCUCCGACUCGACGACGAACACGACUUGGAACGGCAUCUCGUACGAGCAGACGGCCAACGGCGCACCGGUCGUUGUCGACCGCAACGCCGCCCAGCGCAUCCGCAUCGACGGCUCCGGCUCGUUCACGGUCAACGUGCGCGACAGCCAGGCCAUCGUGGUCAACCUCGGCGCCGUGCUCGGCUCGAACACUGUGGUGGACCAGCAGGCAUGCGACGCGCUCGCCAAGCUGCAGGCCGAGGGCAUCACGGAAGGCGCCGACGGCACCGUCUCGGGCACGGCGCCGACCUUCCGCGCCACGAGCGGCUUCCGCAACAACGAGGUGCUCUCGAAGCAGCAGAUCAUCGGCAUCAGCGUGGGCGGCGGUGUCUUCCUCGUCGUUGCGCUCGCCUCGCUCAUCACGCUGUGCGUGUGCUGCAAGCGCCGGCGCGACCGCAAGCGCCGUGCACGCCUCUCGGCGCAGAACAUGAGCUCGGCGACGAUGCCGCUCAAGGCGGCGGCGGCGCAGAACGCCUGGGACUCGCCGCGCGGCUUCUCCGACACCGGCUUCGACACGCCGCGCACGUACGCCGCGUCGGGCUUCGAGUCGCCCGUCGGCAAGCACUACCCCAUCGAGAUGGAGGACUCGUCGCCGCGCGUCUUCGCCGCCGCGCAGCCACCAGCACGCUUCGGCGGCGCCAACGGCGGCUACUACCCGGCACGGGGCGACGAGUCGCCACGCUUCCAGGGCGCCGCCCGGCGCGAGCCCGACAACCACAGCGGCAACAGCCGGCGGCCACUCUUCCAAUGAUCGCUCCCUCUCGUCGCCGUUCCCUUCUCCUGCUCCAGAAUCUCUUUCCAACGGUCACCGCAUCCUCGACGCAUCGCAGUCU